UCGUUGACUGGUUACCUACCAAAGUCUGCAUCAAUUUGACUUCUAGUUGAACAUCGUUGUUGAUUUGUAAUUUAGUAUUCAUCUUCAACUUCAUUCUUUGCACUUUCCCCUCUACUCAGGGAAAAAGAGAUUUUUGCUUUUGCUUGCCUUUUUUUAACAUUCAUGGCUCCACUUAGUUGUCCUCAUUGUAGACAGCUAGGAUUUGGUCCCUUGUAUUGGGACAAUGGCUUCUGUUCCUGUCUCCCAUAAUGCUUGUCACUAGGACCCUUUUGUAUUUUAGAGGUUUAGAGAUUCUAUGCUCUUUUUCCUUUUAUUUUGAAGUCCGUUUUGUCCAUGUAAUUAUUAUAUACACAUUGGCUUCUAGUCCCUGCACGGAGUCCUAGAGCAAGCUAUCUGUUCUUUUUUAUUAUCACUUGUGAACAAUAUGGCUUGCCAAAAUUCUUGUUGAUACGUAGAUAGAUAUUGAUAGAUUUUCUUUUCUAAUUUUUCUCAUUAUUUUUAUAAUAGAACUGUUAAAUGUAUUCAAAGUCUUCAAGCAGGUCAAUGAAAUUGAAACUGAUAGCCUGAUAACAUGGAGCCAGGUCAAGAAAUUUUUUUUUCCCCUAAAAAAACUGACCAUGUGAACUUGAAACGUUACUUUUGUUUAAUAUGAGGCAGUUUCAUUUUUGAAGCAACUACACGAUUUUGCUGACAAGUUUGUCUGUAUGAUGCAUGUGGUUCAAUCUUGGAGUUAGAGCAGUGUCACAAGUGAAUGGAAGACUUAAACAUGUGAAAAGCCUUGUUGACCAAAUAUUAUAUGCUGAUGCUAGAAAAUUAAGUUACUUGACCAAAUAGUGAAUUCUAUGGUUGCUUUAUCGUGUUUUCUGCUAUUAGCUCUCCUUUAGAUCUGUAAUAAUAAACCGUUUAUCUUUUAGCAAGUUGUGAAUACCUGAAUUUAAGAUCCACGCGUUGACUUGCUCUCUUUUUGUGAUUGACUUUAAGUAUUUGCUAAGCUAGCGCUAUAGAAUGCUUGAAUAAUCCGUUAGGUCAAUUUCCAACUCCAUAUUAUGUCAAGAGAUCUUCUAGAUCCACCUAUUCAUAUUUUUGAUCACCAAUUUUCUUUCCAAAUAAACGAUUACCCCAUAUCUCCAUGAUUAGCUUUCCAGUUCUUAUCACUGUUUCAGUUCUCAUGCUGUGGCUCUAUGAACAUGUUUCCCUUGAGCUGCAAAUGUCAGGUUAUUUCUUAGUCUGAAACAGAUUAUGUUUGUGUGGGUUUUUUUUUUUGCCCCCCUUUCUCUUUUUGUCCUGAUGUUUUUGGUUUGAGGAUAUAUGAAAGCACUCAAUAUCCUCAGUUCAGAAAAUACAGAAAUGCCAAAACUGAAUGGUACUCCUAAAUUUGCAAUAUGGAGAAGGGCUUACUGCACAAUCUUUGUAUUGGGUGCUCUUGCUCUUCUCUCUGUUGCUACCUUGUCUAAAUUCUUUAUCUCUAAAUCCUUUCUUGACACUGAAUCUCUAUGCAACCACUUGAAUCCUGAGGAGCCAAAGGAAAUUCGAAAUAGUGUGAUUAUAACGGCUCAAAAUGUAAUUCAGAAAAUUCAACAAGAGUUGCAGAACUUGAGAGAUGCAGAGUCAGAUACAGCUUCUGUGAUGGAAAUGAGUGUCUUUCUUGCUGACAUUUUAGGACUCCUGGAAUCCAUGGAAGCAUCUCUUUCAGAUUAUAAAGGGAUUGGUCAGCAUAAAACCAGUGCCACAACUUCUCUUCCACUUUUGAAAGAAAAGAAACAGCCUGAUGAGCCGGCUGAUUACUUCUUCCGGGAGGAGAUUCGCAAGUAUGUGAAGAUCAAGCCUAAUAGGUUGGGAAAACAGAAUUUCAUGGGGGCUAAUGGAACCUUCACUAGUAUUGGCCAUGCUUGCUUUGCCAUGAGGGAAGAGCUUGAGGAAUACAUGGAUUAUGACAUUGGUGAAAUGUGCAAUGAUGACUGGAAACUGGCUCAGAAGCUCAUGGUACAUGGCUGUGAUCCUCUCCCAAGAAGAAGAUGCCUUGCAAGAGCACCUCGGCUAUAUAUGCAGCCAUUGCCAAUCAACGAGUCCAUCUGGAAACUUCCAGAUGACAGAAAUGUCCGGUGGAGUCAAUACCGGUGCAAGAACUUCACUUGCCUCGCUGGGAACACCACUCGUAAGGGAUUCUUCAAGUGCUCAGAUUGCUUCAACCUCACUCAUCAUGAAAUGCCCAGAUGGGUAACAUUGGAUCCCAGUUCUGAAAAUCAGACUUCUGAUUUCCUCAUAUCUGAUGUGCUUCAAAUCAAGCCUGGAGAGAUCAGAAUAGGAUUGGACUUCAGUGUUGGAACUGGUACUUUUGCUGCUAGAAUGAAAGAAUAUAAUGUGACUAUAGUUUCUGCAACUAUCAACCUAGGAGCACCCUUCAAUGAAAUGAUAGCUCUCAGAGGACUUGUUCCUCUAUACUUAACCAUAAAUCAGCGGCUUCCAUUCUUUGAUAACACCCUCGAUUUGAUCCACACGACGAGGUUUCUGGACGGGUGGAUUGAUUUUGUGCUGCUGGAUUUUGUGCUGUAUGAUUGGGAUAGAGUUCUGAGGCCUGGUGGGUUGUUGUGGAUUGACAGCUUCUUCUGUUUGAAGGAGGAUUUGGAUGAUUACUUGGAAGCUUUCAAGAUGCUGAGGUACAAGAGACGCAAGUGGGUGGUUGUUCCAAAGAUUGAUAAAGGUGAUCAAGAAGCGUUCUUUUCUGCUGUCUUAGAGAAGCCUCCUAGACCAUUCUGACAAUCUCACAGCAUGAUAUGAUGUUCUUUUUUGCUCCCCUCAAUUUAGGUAUAGUUUCAAGUGAUUACUAAUAAUCGAGUUCUCUAAUAAGAAUGACAUGAGAUUAUUUCUUUACAAUUCAUGUCUUAAUUAAAAACU